UGACAUAUAAAGAUCACAUGCUUUCAAAAUGGUGGCCACGAAGACGCCUGUUGUAAACAAACUCUCGCUUUGUAUACUUUUAUUUAUAAAUAUAAUAGCAACUAAUGCAGCAUAUGAACCAACUUGGGAAUCUCUAGACUCCCGUCCACUACCAUCUUGGUAUGACGAGGCAAAAUUAGGAAUCUUCAUUCAUUGGGGAGUUUUUGCUGUACCGAGUUUUCUGUCAGAGUGGUUUUGGUAUGAGUGGCAAGGAGCAAACGACACGGAUUGUAUAAAUUUUAUGAAGGCUAACUACCCUCCAGGUUUUACCUAUGCAGAUUUCGCUAAACAAUAUACAACUGAAUUUUAUUCACCAAGCCAAUGGGCCAGUAUUUUUAAUGCUUCAGGGGCAAGAUAUGUUGUCUUAACCAGUAAACAUCAUGAAGGUUUCACCAACUGGCCGUCCAAAUAUUCUUUUAAUUGGAAUUCCAUGGAUAAUGGACCUCAUAGAGAUCUUGUUGGUGAAUUAGCCACAGCAAUUCAACAGAAUACAGACCUUCAUUUUGGUUUAUAUCACUCACUGUUCGAAUGGUUUCAUCCAUUAUAUCUACAAGAUAAGGCUAAUAACUGGACGACUAAUAACUUUGUUAAAGAUAAGACAAUGCCUGAAUUAUAUGAGAUAGUCCAGAAAUACAAUCCUGAAGUUGUGUGGUCUGAUGGAGAUUGGGAAGCACCUGAUUCUUACUGGGAUUCCAAAAACUUUUUAACCUGGUUGUAUAAUGAAAGUCCUGUGAAAGAUACAGUGGUAACCAAUGAUAGAUGGGGUAAUGGUGAUAUGUGUCAUCAUGGAGGAUAUUUAACUUGCUCGGAUAAAUAUAAUCCUGGUGUUCUACAGAAGAGAAAGUUUGAAAAUGCUAUGACCCUUGAUGAUGCUUCAUGGGGUUAUCGAAGAGAUAUGAAAUUCACAGAUGUUUUGACAAUGGAUGAAUUGUUAAAAACAUUUAUAGAAACUGUUAGCUGUGGUGGAAAUCUGUUGAUGAAUAUCGGACCAACUAAGGAAGGAACUAUUGCACCAAUAUUUCAAGAACGUUUGUUACAGAUGGGUGAUUGGUUAAAAGUAAAUGGAGAAGCUAUUUAUAGCACUAAACCAUGGACAUAUCAAAAUGAUACCAUUACACCUGGUGUCUGGUACACAAGUGCAAAGGGACAGCAGUAUGUCUACGCCACAGUACUGAAUUGGCCAUCAGGUGAAACCUUACAACUUGGAGCACCCAGCGUGUCAGAAUAUACAGUUGUUUCUCUAUUAGGAUAUACAGGCAGUAUAGAAUGGAGAGCUGGAACCACACAUGGUAUUGAAAUCAUUCUACCGUCCCUAACUGUUAAUACUCAGCCAUCGAAAUAUGCCAAGGUGUUUAAAUUCACUAAUCUGGGUAAUUAAAUGAGAGACGAAUACUUAAUUUGUUACUGGUUGAGACCAUCAUAAUCGUUGCAUGACUGAAAUUAAAUAAUAUGAAAUACACAGUGUAGUGUGUUGUGUGGUUAUAAAGGUAUUCAAUAAUUUUAGAUUUUAAGUUUGGUAUUUACAAUCAGAAACAAAUACAGUAUAUGUAUCAGUCCACGAUGAAACUGGGGUUAGAUGCCAGAAAUGUUAAUAUUUUGUUCAUUUUUUUAGAUUAUAAUUUAUAGGUAAAAAUUGUAAAUCUUCAUCUCCUAUAAACUUCAGUUAAUUAUUAUGUGAUGUCUCUGGCCAAAAGUCUGAUUUGUUUAUAUGUAAAAAGAUUUGAUGUUUUAAGUUAACAUAUCCAUAUUAUUUUGCGAUCUCUUGAUGUCUUAUUAUUUGUUUAACAUAUCCAUAUUAUUUUGCGAUCUCUUGAUUUCUUAUUAUUUGUUUAUUUAGACCACUUGAAAAUUAGACUUUAUGCAAACCAUUGAUACUGACUGUAUCACUAAACAAUUAUUUUCAUAGUCUUGUAAAAAUAGAUGAUUCUCCUUACAUGGAUUGCAUUUAAAUGGAGAUAUCUAAAUUUUCUAACUAGAAGGACUAUUUUUGGGGUCACUGAAAUCGUGUUUCUGACCCAAUCGUUUUUUCAUAAAUUAGAGAGCAGUACAUAUUGAACCAAGCUAUCAUAUUAUGAUACAUGUACCAUAAAUUGCUAUACUAUGUCAGAAAAUGAGGUUAACUUUACGUUAGAGUUACGUCAGAAAAUGAGGUAAAUAUAAUAUAAAAAAGACUUGUGGUUAAAAAGAUGAGCAAAAUGAUGGUAAACUGACUGACCAUUUUUACAUAAAUUUUAUGUAAAUUUAGCGUUAAGAUGUUAUGUGGGAUAAUGUUAUGUGAUAAUCAGGGUUUUUACUGUGAUUUGUAAUAUAUAUUUUUAAAAAUAUUGAUUUUUAUAUCUUUAUAUAUGUAUAAAUGGCUUAUUUCCGUUUUUGUUUUGAUGCAAGAGUGUUUCAGAAAUUAUGUGAUACACAAAUAAUUUAACAUCAUAAGAUAACAAUGCUAAUUUAUAGGUGUUGAUGUGGAGUGUUUUUAUCUUUGAAAUACCAUACUUAAUUUUGUUACAUUUUUUUAAGAUAUUUGUUACCAUACAUGUAGUUAUAACAUCUUGAAAGUUUAACAAUUUUAUUUAUGGUAUAUUUUAGGAUAUUUAAGUAUUGUUUUAUGUGCCUAUCCAUCGAACAACUCUAAAAUUGUGCAUGUCUUGGAAUUUGCAUCCUUUUAAUUUCUUAAAUGUUCAAUAUUAUGGUACCUAAUUAUCCGAAGAUUGAAAUAUUUAUGCAAAGUACAUAAAUAUUUUUUAGUAUUUUUAUUACAUUUAUUGUUGGUACCUGUAAUUAAUAGCCUACUUAAAUACCAUAAGUUACUGAUUGGAUUAAAUUUGUCUGAUGUUUUUAAAUGUUUAUUUGUACUUUUUCUAUUUGUCACCUUUCUGUGUAAAUAGUUAAUAAAAUAUGCCUUUUUACCAGAACCAUAGGUCAUAUAUUUUAGGACUUCAGCAUAAUGUUAAUUUUAUACCCCACAUUUUUAUGUGGACAUAUUUUGUGGUCGCCCCAAUCCGCUGGUAUGUUCACAAUAUGUUAAUGGACACUUUAGAGGUCACAACUUUUAUCCGAAUGUGAGAAACUUAAAAUAUAGGUUUAUCUCCCAAAAAUCUCAAUCUUUGCAAUAAAUUGGCAUAUUGGCAUGUAUCUGACUGUAACUUAAUGGAUUAUGGCCCCUGAUUGUACAAUAACCCAGUUUUUGGCUUGUGGAAACUCUACCGCUCACAACUUUCAGGGAGAGGGGUUUGAUAUAGGCUAUGCCUGUUCCCCAAUCCCUAUUCAGAUACAAAUCUGAAUAAAAUAUUGCUUAUAAAAAAAA